CCCAGAUGAGUCACUUGAGCCACCCUCUCACACUGAGGAUGAAGUGCAGCCCUAAAAUACUUGGUGUCUGGCUGAAUAAGCCCCUCCCCGUCCCAGACUGGUGCUGGGGGUGUCCAGCCUGGGCUCCUGUGGUGCCAGCCCCUCCAUCCCCCCAUCCCGCCCGGAUCUGCCCCGUUCCUUCCGAGGGUUAAGGAGCAGCAGGAGGAAAUGCGUCAGCAGGGUCCCUGCUGCUGCUGCUGCUCCCACACAGCUCUGGCUCUGUGCACAGACCCUGCACUGCCAUGGGCAUCCUUGGGAACAGGCAGCUCCUGCUCUGCUGUGCCCUCUGGGGACUCUGCCUGGCCUCGGACUACGAUGAUUACUCUCAGAACAGCACCAGCGAGCAGGCCAGCACACCAGAGGUCACCCCGUGUCCCCGGGCCAUCCCGGGCGACCAGGCCACGGUCAACAACGUCACCUACCUGCUGAUCCCCGAGGCCACCCGUGCCCAGCUGGGCAGUGCCAUCACCGUCAGGCUCAUCCCGUGCCUCUACAGCCUGGUGUUCCUGCUGGGGCUGCCGGCCAACGCGCUGGCCCUGUGGGUGCUGGCCACCAGGACCGAGCGCCUGGCCUCCACCGUGUUCCUGAUGAACCUGGCCGCCGCCGACCUGCUGCUGGUCUCCGUGCUGCCCUUCAAGAUCUCCUACUAUUUCCUGGGCAACCACUGGCCCUUCGGGGAAGGGCUGUGCCGCCUCACCACGGCCCUCUUCUACGGCAACAUGCACUGCUCCGUGCUGCUGCUCACGUGCAUCAGCGUGGAUCGCUACCUGGCCGUGGCUCACCCCUUCUCCUCCCGCACCUUCCGCACUCCCGCCUUGGCCAUGGGCACCUGUGCUGGGGUCUGGCUGUGCUCUGCUGCCCUGACGCUGCCCCUGACGCUGCAGCAGCAGUCCUACCCCCUGCUCGGGGCAGGCCUCACGCUGUGCCAUGACGUCCUGCCCCGGCACGAGGACGAUGGUUUCUACUUUUAUUACUUCGUGGUGCUGGUGGCCUGCGCCUUCCUGCUGCCGCUGCUGCUGCUGGCGCUGAGCUCGGGCGCGGUGCUGCGCGUCCUCCUGCGCGGGGGCGGCCGCUACGGCCACGCCGCCAAGCUCACGGCCCUCGUGGUCGUCACCCUCGUGGUUUUCUAUGCCCCCAGCAACGUCCUGCUGCUGCUUCACUACUCCAGCCCCUGCUCCAAGCUGCACGGCCGGCUGUACCUCAGCUACAUGGUCAGCCUGGCCCUCAGCACCUUCAACAGCUGCGCCGAUCCUUUCGUCUACUACUACGUGUCGGAGGAUUUCCGGGAGAAGGUGAGGAGGAGAGUCUUCAGUGGCAGCAAAAAAACCACCACUUCCCUGAAGACCUCCAAGGAAACGCUGCCCCGGUCCAAGCAUUCGCUGGUGUGAGCCUCCAGCCUGGG